AAGUGGAUUGAAAUCAUCUCUCGAUUUACUCUUCGCCAAGUUGAUGGAUUAAAUCCCGAAAAAGAAUACGAAUUUAGAGUCUAUGCUGAAAAUAUUUAUGGACGAAGUGAACCUUCUGAUGUUACAAGUGUUAUUAAAACUAAACCAAGUGAAAAAGAUAAGCUCAAGAAACGUCACUGGUUAACGGAUGCUCAUGGACGUAAGGUUAGAGGGACCAGUUGAUAUUAAAACAUCAUCCAUCUAUGAUUUCUAUGGCAUUCUGGAAGAAAUUGGUACAGGAGCUUUUGGUGUGGUCCACAAGUGUCGUGAAAAACGAUCAGGUCAAAUAUUUGCCGCUAAAUUCAUUCCGGUUGCUCAUCCAUAUGAAAAAUCUGUGAUUCGUAAAGAGAUUGACAUAAUGAAUCAACUUCAUCACAAUAAGCUGAUACGUUUGCAUGAUGCUUUUGAAGAUGAUGGUGAAAUGAUAUUGAUUUAUGAAUUUAUGUCUGGUGGAGAGUUAUUUGAAAGGAUAACCACCGAAGGAUAUCACAUGUCAGAAGCCGAAGUAAUUAACUACAUGAGACAAAUUUGUGAAGGAGUUAAACACAUGCACGAGAAAAAUAUCAUUCAUUUAGACCUAAAACCCGAAAAUAUUAUGUGUCAAGCUAAAAACUCUAGUGCCGUAAAGAUUAUUGACUUUGGAUUGACAACCACAUUGGAUCCUAAUGAGGUAAUUAAAAUACCAGUUGGAACAGCCGAGUUUGCCGCACCAGAGAUUGUUGAACGAGAACCUGUUGGUUUCUAUACCGAUAUGUGGGCUGUCGGAGUUUUAGCCUAUGUAUUGCUUAGCGGUUUUUCACCUUUUGCUGGUGACAAUGAUAUUGAAACAUUGAAAAAUAUUAAAGCCUGUGAUUGGAACUUUGAUGAAGAUGCCUUCCGCAACAUUUCGGACGAGGCCAAAGAUUUUAUUCGUAAAUUAUUAACACGCCAUAAGGAGAAGAGACUUACGGCUCAUGAGUGCCUUGAACAUGCAUGGCUCAAGGGAACCGGAGGAACAACUCCAAUAUCCAAUCCGUGAUCGUAUUCGAGCUAAAUAUGCAAUUACUGGUGGUCCGUAUGACCCAUUGGUCACAUUUCAAACUACUCUUUUCUUGGGUAACUAAAAUGAAUCAAAUCCUAAAUCCAUAUCAACUUGAUUUUAAUAAUACCUUCCAACUUGUAAGUUUUCAAUUCAAUGGCAGUUCGAUUACUGAUAAAUCUGUAAGUCAAUCAUUUCUAUGUAAGCUGUUGAAUUAAAUAAACUGUUCAUAUGCUGCACUGUGUAGUAAUUGAAUGAACUGUAAA